AUGAAUAAAGAUGAAAUUGAAUCAUUAGGUACUUAUCCUGAUGAAAACACACUAAGAAUAUUGAUCACAACAGAUAAUCAUGUUGGUUAUAAUGAAACAGAUCCUAUAGUCGGCGAUGAUUCAUGGAAAACUUUCGAUGAAAUUUUAGCAUUUGCUAAACGUUACAAUGUAGAUAUGAUUUUACAAUCUGGUGAUUUAUUCCAUGUAAACAAGCCUUCUAAAAAAGCCUUAUAUCAUGUUAUGAAAUCGCUGAGAGUAAAUUGUUUCGGCGAUAAACCUUGUGAAUUAGAAUUAUUAAGCGACCCUUCAUUAGUUUUUCUAGACGACCAAUUUAAUGAUGUAAAUUAUGAAGACCCCAACUUAAACGUAGCAAUUCCGCUUUUCAGUAUUAGUGGGAACCAUGAUGAUGCAUCAGGGGAAGAUUUGUUAUGUGCAAUGGAUAUCUUACACGUUAGUGGACUAGUUAACCAUUUUGGAAAAACUUACCAAAAUGACAACAUUGAAUUAAACCCAUUGUUAUUUCAAAAGGGCGACACCAAAAUUGCUCUUUAUGGUUUAAAUUCCAUAAGAGAUGAGAGGUUAUUUAGAACCUUCAAAGAUGGACACGUGAAAUUCAAUGUUCCAACUUUAAGACAAGACGAAUGGUUUAAUAUUUUAUGCGUCCAUCAAAAUCAUACAGGCCACACAAAUACUGCGUUUCUACCAGAACAAUUUUUGCCUGAUUUUUUAGAUUUAGUAAUAUGGGGCCAUGAGCAUGAAUGUAUCCCCAAUUUUAUACACAAUCCAAGUAAGAAUUUCGAUGUUUUACAGCCAGGCUCAUCAGUAGCAACGUCUCUGUGUGAUGCUGAAUCAAAACCUAAAUUUAUUUUCAUUUUAGAAAUCAAACCAGAUAAAACCACCAAAUUGAUACCUAUCCCCUUGAAGACCACCAGACCAUUUAUUAUGCGAGAUAUUUCCUUAAAUAAUGUUCCGAAUUUGAAACCAAUGGAUAAAGUUGGUAUAAGUAAAUUUCUAACUACAAAAGUUGAAGAGAUGAUUGCUGAAGCAAAUGAUGAAAGCAAAGAAUAUCUGUUGCAACAAGAUUUAACUGAAGAGGAAAUAAGUGAGAAACUGAUACCAUUACCCUUAAUUAGAUUAAGAGUUGAUUAUAGCCAUAAUUCAAGUGUUUCCUUUUUGGUGGAAAAUCCAAGAAGAUUUAGCAAUAAAUUUGUUGGGAAAUUGGCUAAUCCUAAUAAUGUUGUUCAAUUUUAUAAAAAAAAGAGAGAACAGAUGGGCGGUAGAUCAAAGAUAAAUAAGUCAAAGUCGGAUUUGGACUUUGAAAAUUUAGUUAACGGAACUGUACCAGAAGAUAUUGGAAUUGAGACUUUAGUCAAUAGCCUAUUAAACAAUACUAAACUAUCUCUUUUACCGGAAAUUGGCAUGCAUGAUGCAAUUAAAAAGUUUGUUGAUAAAGAUGAAAAAAAUGCUUUGAAAUCAUUUAUUGAAACUGAAGUAGAAAAUGAAGUCAAAGUUUUGAGCAAGAAUAAGGAUUUUUUACAAACAGAUAAUAUAGACGAUCUAAAAAAAUUACUACGACAGGUUAAAGUAAGCAUCCCUUCCACAAAUAUUAAGGCCUCCUCUGACACUAUCUUAGACAAAAGCUUACCAACUGCAUUGAAGGAAAUGAAUGGAUCUGAUAUUCGCGAUUCUAUUAUCACCAAAGGAAAGCAGAUUGAGACUAUCCACUUUGACGACGAUAGAAACAAGGGAGCAAAAACUAGACGUUCAAUUACUGAUGCCAACAGUCUUGUUGAAAAUUGUGCUAGCAAGAAGGAAAAUUUGCCAUCUGGAUCUUUGCUUUCAUCGUAUACUGCCAAUGAUUUAGUAUUGAUGAGUUCAAAUGACGCAGAAAAUGAGGAUUAUAUUUCAUCUAAACCAAAACUCCUUCUCGAAGAAGAUACUACCAUAAAAGAACAUACUGUUACUAAAAAGGAUGCUACUGGACUAAUCGGUGCUGAUAUUUCAACGGCUCAUAUUACUGUUGAUGAUGACGAAGAUUUGUUUUUGUAUAGUGAAACAAUGCCGUCAGCUGUAAACUCCCAAGACAUUAUACUCAGUGAUGGAGAUAAUGAUCUACACGCUACUAGAUCAAUUAACUUAAAAAAUAAGAAUAUAAUUACCAAUAAUACUACUUUAAAGACGGCAAAUACGAUUACCGCAAAAAUUAGUAAUAGUAGGAAGAAAAAUAUAAGGAACACUCAAAAUUCAAAUAUUCGAAGUUCACAAACACCAAAAACAGACAUUUUACAGAGUUUAUUAGCUAAGAGACGUAAAUAG